GCGUUCCCGUCCUAUAAGAAGUAGUGAAACGCACUAAAAUGAAGAAUUAGCAUGCGAAGAAGCGCUAAAUGGAUUAUACAGUGAUACCGCACACUUGAGCUCCUCUGCCAUUGUUGUUCAUUGGCCCUGCGGCGUGAGCUUAUUUUUAGCGCAUUCAGAGCAGGGGGAAUAAGGAAGGGUUAUAAUCAUGUAUCAUAAAAUACAGAUCACCUUACACGCACUGAGGCUUGUGACUAUAAUGAACGGGGUAACAGAUGGCGUGCCGACUAGCCUGUUGUGCGUGUUUGAUGCUCUCCAGCAAAACCAAUGGACUUUAUUUAAAGCUACGCAAUUUCCCAUAACGGAACACGCGACUUAUCACGUCUUACCAGGCAUUAAGUGCAAAAGUCAGCACAUUUUAAUCCACGAAAGUACCCCCCCCCCCAUUGACAACAACUAGAAGGUGAAUUUGUUCUUUGAAACUGACCCAAUUUCUUUGCAUCUCCAGAGACUCUCCCCCCUUCCCUCUUGGAUGCACUUCCCCAGACACUUCAUUAGGUACACCUGCACAUUUUUUUCACUCUCAAUUCAGGAAUGUAUUAAAUCAUUUUGAAGCUGAUUUAAAAAUAAUUUAGAUCUUGAAAAGUGUCGAAUUUGGAAAACUUUAUUUUUCUUGCAAACAUUAACUUAACACUCUUUGCUACGUAAAGACAUGAAAGACACGUCUCUCAACCACAACAGGAAGCGGAAAACCCCCCUCCCUCCAGGUGGCAACCCCUCCCCUAUCGAUCAUUCCGGGGGGGAAUUAUGUCCCGGUAACCUACCACUACAAUCGCCUUUAUUUUGUAGCAACUCAACAUGUUAUUUUUUUUCCUCAGAUAUGUUUGCUAACUUGGGCGGCACGGCGGUCGAGUGGUUAGCGCGCAGACCUCACAGCUAGGAGCCCAGGGUUCAAUUCCACCCUCGGCCAUCUCUGUGUGGAGUUUGCAUGUUCUCCCUGUGCAUGCGUGGGUUUUCUCCGGGUACUCCAGUUUCCUCCCACGUUCCAAAAACAUGCUAGGUUAAUUAGCGACUCCAAAUUGUCCAUAGGUAUGAAUGUGAGUGUGAAUGGUUGUUUGUCUAUAUGUGCCCUGUGAUUGGCUGGCCACCAGUCCAGAGUGUACCCCGCCUCUCGCCUGAAGACUGGGAUAGGCUCCUGCACUUUUGUUGAAUGUAAAUGAAUGAAUGUUGCUAUGUUGCUAACUUUUCCAGUACCUUUCCAUUUAAUGACUUACAUUUGUAGUUUAACCCUUUAAAGGGAAAGUAACCAUAUAUGGUAACUCAAUGAUUUAAUUUUUAAAUUGCCCUAUAAAGGGUUAACAAUAUGUCUUAUUAUUUUUGAGGUUUUGUAACAUACUAAUAGCAAUUUGAGUAUCAUGUUCCCGCCCUGAAGCUAAUUAAGGACAUACUCUUAAUUAUUCCUCCACUCUGGGCCCCCCACUGGUGUGAAAAGUGGUCGAAGUUUUGUACGUGUUAGAGGAAACAAGGUGUGGAUUUGAGUCAUGCAGCUUUAACUCGGUCAGAAAUGAAUCACAUAAAUGACUCGACUCAGACUUUACUUUAAUGACUUGACUUGAGAUUUUCAGUAAAUAUAUAAAAUGUGUCCCCAUUUUAAGUACAAAACAAGACUUUUUCCCACAGAAUCUGCCUCAUUGAAUGCAUCUAUGAACAUCCAAUCAGGUUUGAAAAUGCCGAGCUAGCAUAAAUCGUCCAUGUUUCCUAAAAAGUGUCAUGAUGCCAACGGACCGGGUGAGUCAGUCAUGUGCGGCGAGGCAGGCACCCGUGGGCAUCCUGUUUCCCGGAGUUAUGUGAUAGCCCGAGUUUCAUUGCGUGUGUUGUCGGACCCGCUUCCUCCGCUGCAGUGCACUCCCAACUUGAGGUCCAUCUUGAGGACUGUGGCAUCUUCAUGUGAGGAAUCAUGUAGGCCACAAGGUUACUUGUCGGUUCUUCUUCUCUAUACCAUUUGGUCAAGAUGAUGCGAAUACUCUGUCUGGCUAUGCUGCUUCCUUCAGGUAAAAAAAAUAAAAAAAUUACAACUAUUUCCUCUUUAGAAUUGACUGGAAUUGUGUACUUGUACUUAUUUUUGUGCAUAGUUAUUGCUUCUUCUUGUUGCUCAAUUUCCCUGUUGCAUGUGUGAUGUCACCAUAUUUCCCUCUUAGUACAGUUAACAGACUUUGGGUUUGUACUGAAACUAUUCUACAUAAAAUAAUACUUGCUAUUUGAAGUACUGUGUUAAUAUUUUGAGGUGUGCAGGUAUUUUGUCCAACAGGUGAAUAAAAUGAAAUAUAACCUUUUUGUUUGUACCUGCAGUGGUCCACUCAGCGCAGGGUCGCUAUGCCCACAAGCUCCUCAGCGAUUUGAUGGAGAACUACUCCAGCGCCCUUCGACCCGUGGAGGACACGGACCGAGCACUCAACGUCACUUUGCAGAUCACGCUCUCUCAGAUCAAAGAUAUGAUUACUGCUGUGUGUGCGUGCAGGAUGAGAGGAACCAGGUGUUGGUGGCCUACCUGUGGAUAAGACAGAGAUGGCAUGACGCAUACCUGAAGUGGAAUAAAGAGGACUACGACGGCCUGGAGAUCAUUCACAUCCCCAGCAACCUCGUAUGGAGGCCCGACCUCGUCCUCUAUAACAAAGCUGACGACGCGUUGUCUGGGCCCAUGGACACCAACGUGAAGCUACGCUACAAUGGCGAGAUCACUUGGGACGCCCCCGCCAUCACCAAGAGCUCCUGCGUGGUGGAUGUGUCCUACUUCCCCUUUGACAGCCAGCAAUGUAACCUGACUUUUGGAUCCUGGACCUACAAUGGAAACCAGGUGGACAUCUUUAUGGGCAUGGACAGCGGCGACCUGUCCGACUUUGUGGAAAAUGUCGAGUGGGAGUGCCACGGCAUGCCGGCCACCAAGAACGUCAUCAUGUACGGCUGUUGCUCCGACCCCUACCCCGACAUCACCUACACCGUGCUCCUUCAGCGCCGUUCCUCCUUCUACAUCUUCAACCUCCUCCUGCCGUGCUUCCUCAUCUCCUUCUUGGCUCCCCUGGGAUUCUACCUGCCCGCAGACUCCGGGGAGAAGGUUUCCCUGGGGGUCACCGUGCUUCUGGCUCUCACUGUGUUUCAGCUCAUGGUGGCCGAGAGUAUGCCUCCCUCGGAGAGCGUGCCUCUUAUCGGCAAGUACUACAUCGCCACGAUGACCAUGGUCACGGCCUCCACAUCGCUCACCAUCUUCAUCAUGAACAUCCACUUCUGUGGCGCUGAGGCCAAACCAGUUCCCCACUGGGCCAAGGUCCUCAUCAUUGACUACAUGUCCAAGAUCUUCUGUGUGUAUGAGGUGGGUGAGAACUGUGCCUCCUCCUCCUCCUCAUCCACGUCCUCUUCUCCAUCCGCUCACCCGGUCCAGGAUCCUGUCACUCACAAGUACCUCACACACCAUAGUCAAGCAAACGGCCAUAAGAACCCCGGACCCCAGACCCCUAAACCGCAACACCACCCCAGAAUGAAAACCGAGCAACACCUCACCAGAGCGGAGAGGAGUCUCUUGUCCACGUUUCCACUCGGGAAGUACGAAAGCUCCAAUGGGAAGCUUUCGGCCGGGGAACGCUGUAAAGAAGACCAGAAGGUUCCGUGUUGCCCCGGCGACAAAAAUCCACCCUGCUGCCUGGAGGACAAAAAACCCCCAGCCCCAGGCUCCAUGGUGACAUUUGGCCCAUGUGUGUUAUGUCGUCAUGACAACGGCCUCCCCGGCGGUGACCCCAAGCUGGUGCGUAAUGUCGAGUACAUUGCCAAUUGUUUCCGAGAGCAGAGGGCCACGUGCGCUAAGGGGGCGGAGUGGAAGAAGAUUGCUAAAGUGAUGGACAGGUUCUUCAUGUGGAUUUUCUUCAUCAUGGUGUUCCUCAUGAGCAUCCUUGUCAUUGGGAAGGCCCCGUGACCUGCUAGCAACGGCCUUUUUAGCAAGGUGUUAGGAAUGGAAUAUUUCCCCACUCUCUUCUGGAUAUAUGAAUCUACAACAGACACAUAACACAAUUCCAAGACCUUUCACUUUUUGGAGAUUGGAGAACCAGCAGUCCACCAAUCUGGCUUGUGGGAAAAUAUUCCAUUCCAAUUCCCCACUCUAUUCUGGAUACUUGUAUCUACAACAGACACAACACAAUUCCAAGAACUUUCACUUUUUGGAGAUUGGAGAACCAGCAGUCCACCAAUCUGGCUUGUGGGAAAAUAUUCCAUUCCAAUUCCCCACUCUAUUCUGGAUAUUUGUAUCUACAACAGACACAUAACACAAUUCCAAGACCUUUCACUUUUUGGAGAUUGGAGAAGCCACCAAUUUGGCUUGUGGGAAAAUAUUCCAUUCCAAUUCACUUGAAAACAAAAGGCACACUGUUGUUUUUUUUAUUUAUUUAUUAUUAUUUAUUUUUUAUUUCACAGCUGGUGGAAGAAAGUUAUCUUAACUUUGCCCUUGUUGGGAAUGGAAAAUUCUUGUUAGGAAUGGAAUAUUUUUACACAUGUUCUGGAUAUUCUUGUCUACAACAGAGAAGCAACACAAUUCCAAGCCCUUCUUUCACUUGUAAAUAAAGGCAAGUUGUAGAAAAUAUCCAUAAUAGUGUGGGAAAAUAUUCCAUUCCUAAAAUACCAAUUAUUCAUUCAUUCAUUUUCUACCGCUUUUCCUCACGAGGGUCGCGCUGGAGCCUAUCCCAGCUGUCUUUGGGCAAGAUUCAUACCUAUGGACAAUUUGAAGUUCCCUGACCUCGUACCUUGCUGAACUUUGGUUGGUUGGGCUAAACGUUCUCUCCAGUGCUGGCAUUGUCAUUGCUUGUAUCUCCUUUUGAUAUUAAAUUGUAAAACUUACUUGAGACUCUUAGCAUUAUUUCACAACUGGUAGACCAAGUUAUCUGGGUGGACUUUGCCCUUGUUAGGAAUGGAAUAUUGUUGUUCGGAAUGGAAUAUUUUUACACAGUGUUCUUGAUAUUCUUGUCUACAACAGAGAAGCAACACAUUCCUUUCACUUGUAAAUAAAGGCAAGAAAAUGGUAGAAAAUAUCCAUAAUAGUGUGUGAAAAUAUUCCAUUCCUAAAAGACCAAUUAUUCAUUCAUUCAUUUUCUACCGCUUUUCCUCAUGAGGGUCACGCUGGAGCCUAUCCCAGCUGUCUUUGGUCGAGAUUCAUACCUAUGGACAAUUCGGAGUCGCCAAUUAACCUAGCAUUAACCUUCUUUCACUUGUAAAAUAUUCCAUUCCUAAAAGUCUUUUUAAGUCAUUAUAAUCUAUUUGAUUUUAUUUUGAAAUGUGUCUAUUUAAACCAGUAAGAUCAAUAUUAAAGGGCCCGGUCUUUGUCAACAUUUCUGCACCGUGACUCUCAUACGGCAUCGAAGUGUCCCAGGUCCCUCUCAAGCCCGACAUCGAUUUACAGCUCCUUCACCAUGUAACCAUUGAAUACACAUAAGAGGCUUUACUGUCCGGUUAGAACGUGACCAGUGAAGACAGCACGCCUCAUUCACCGCAGUGAAAUCAGACGCGGCCGUCUCUCAAAACGCGGUGUUAGUACACACUCAGGAUUAGGUGAAUUACCCCCCCACCCCCCUCCUAUUGGAAAUCUCCCAGUGAAUUGUUAAUGAUCUGGCUUUGUUGAUUCCCUGCCUGGGCUUUGUUCUUUGGAGGAUGUAAGGUAAUAGCGAGCAUCAAUUAUGGACCACCACGCACACAGGCUGACAUCUUCUCCCGUGGACAUGCCCCCCUUCCACUGACACACACAAAAAAAAACACAACAACCCAAUGAA